CUUGGGCUACUGGAAGUAGAGAGAUCCAGAGAAAAGGCAGCCCCACAGCUAUAACAGAGGGCAUAGGUUAAAUCUUUUGGCAUAUUUAUCAUAAGAAUGGUCGCUGCACACCCUCUCCCUGAAGGCUUCACUGAAAUAGAAGUGUUUGCCAUUGGCACUGCCCUGCUGGUAGAAGCCCUGCUUGGUUUCUGUCUGAAUGGCUUGACAAUCAUUUCUUUCCGAAAAAUCAAAGAGCUGCGAACGCCCAGCAAUCUGCUGGUUCUCAGCAUCGCCCUGGCCGACUGCGGCAUUUGCAUCAACGCCUUCAUCGCUGCCUUCUCCAGCUUCCUCAGAUACUGGCCCUAUGGCUCUGAUGGCUGUCAAAUCCAUGGCUUCCAUGGCUUCCUGACAGCCCUGGCCAGCAUUGGCUCCAGCGCAGCCGUCGCCUGGGACCGAUACCAUCACUACUGCACAAGGAGCAGGCUGCAGUGGAGCACAGCUGCCUCCAUGAUGGUGUUUGCAUGGCUCUUUGCUGCCUUCUGGUCCGUGAUGCCCUUGCUGGGCUGGGGAGAAUACGACUAUGAACCCCUCCGAACCUGCUGCACCCUGGACUACAGCAAAGGGGACAGAAACUAUGUCACAUUCCUUUUUGCUCUGUCCACUUUCAAUUUCUUGAUCCCAGGCUUCAUCAUGCUGACAGCCUAUCAGUCCAUACACCAAAAGUUCAGGAAAACUGGGCACUUUAAGUUUAAUACUGGUUUGCCACUGAAGACACUGGUCAUUUGCUGGGGUCCCUAUUGCCUCCUGUGCUCCUAUGCAGCAGUGGAAAAUGUCAUGUUCAUUCCACCAAAAUACCGCAUGAUUCCUGCCCUAAUUGCCAAGACCGUGCCAACGGUGGAUGCCUUUGUAUAUGCCCUGGGAAAUGAGAACUACAGAGGAGGAAUAUGGCAGUUCCUCACAGGACAGAAGAUUGAGAAAGCAGAGGUUGAUAACAAAACUAAAUAACCCAUUAUGGUAUUAAACAAAAUUACUGCAGGUACAUCACUGAAAGCAAAAUUCAAGAGAAAACUGAGUGCAUUCUCUGGUAUGUUGUGCAAAGGUGGUUCCACAUUGGAAAGGCUGUGCAUUGGCUACAAACAAUGAAGUAUGGAAAGAAAGCCCUCCAGAUAACUGUCCAAACCACCAUGAGCUGCUUGUCAAACAAGCUGCCUUAAACCUGUGUCGAUUGUCAUCAGUCUCAUUUUAUAUGUCACUGUGAAUAAACUAUGUGCUGGAAAGCAUUUUUUUUCUCCUGAUAAAAGCUAACAUAAAAGCUCAGCAAAUUAACUGAAGCAGGAUAUUCAUUUGCCCAGUGAGGCCUCAUCAGAUCAAUCUGGGCAGGUUGUCCAUAUGGUAAUGUCUGGAUUACUAGAAGAUUAAACCAGUAUCCAGUAUUGACCACAUGUCUGCAUAAAUAGCUUGUUCAUCUGAACAACUCAUUUUCAGUGCACCCAAAACAGGCAUUUCCAAAUUUCCAUCAUGAAUCUGACAUCC